CGCGGGCCACCAGCUCAGCAGGGCUAGGAGCGAGGCUUGCGGAGCAUGGAGCCCGGCCCACGACAGGGUCCGCGAUCCAUCCGGUCCGCGAAGGUGUCCAAGGGAUGAGUAGGUCCCUUUGACCAGGCGGCGCGAGAGGAUGCAUGGCUCCCUUUGUGGAAGGACCUGUUAUGUGUGCCCCUGCCCUGCCGGGGAGCAGAUGGUGCCUCGAACCCAGCCAGAGACCAGCUGAAGACGAUCUCCUCAGAAGCUCUCACCCCAGGACGUCCCGUCUCGGGUCCUGGGCCUACCAUGGCAUUCCGUAGGACUGAGGGUAUGUCCAUGAUCCAGGCUCUGGCUAUGACUGUGGCUGAGAUACCAGUGUUCCUGUACACGACUUUUGGUCAGUCCGCCUUCUCCCAACUGCGGUUGACACCAGGCCUGAGGAAGGUUCUUUUUGCUACAGCCCUUGGGACUGUGGCCCUGGCCCUGGCUGCCCACCAGCUGAAAAGGCGCCGGAGGAAGAAGAAGCAGGUGGGCCCUGAGAUGGGGGGCGAGCAGCUGGGCACGGUGCCCAUGCCCAUCCUCAUGGCCCGCAGGGUCCCUUCGGUGAAGAAAGGCUGCUCCAGCCGGAGGGUCCAGAGUCCCAGCAGCAAAAGCAACGACACUCUGAGUGGCAUCUCCUCCAUUGAGCCCAGCAGGCGCUCAGGGUCCUCCCACAGCCUGGCCUCGAUGGUAGUGGUCAAUUCAUCCAGCCCUACAGCUGCGUGCUCAGGUUCCUGGGAAACCAGAGGGAUGGAGGAGUCUGUGCCCGCCACCGAUGGCAGUGCGGAGAGCCUCUAUGUGCAAGGCAUGGAGCUGUUUGAGGAAGCCCUGCAGAAGUGGGAGCAGGCACUGACUGUGGGUCAGAGAGGGGAUGGAGGCAGCACGCCCACACCUGGGGACAGCUUCCAGAACCCAGACACCGCGUCAGAAGCACUGUCAGAGCCAGAGUCACAGCGAAGGGAAUUUGCAGAGAAGCUGGAGUCCCUGCUGCACCGGGCCUACCACCUGCAGGAAGAGUUCGGCUCCACCCUCCCCUCUGACAGCAUGCUGCUGGACCUUGAGAGGACCCUAAUGCUGCCCCUGACUGAGGGCUCACUGCGACUGCGAGCUGAUGAUGAGGACAGCCUGACCUCAGAAGAGUCCUUUUUCUCAGCCACUGAGCUCUUGGAGUCCCUGCAGGUCGGAGAGUACCCGCUUCCUCUCUCCAGGCCUGCUGCUGCCUACGAGGAGGCUCUGCAGCUGGUGAAGGAAGGGAAAGUCCCCUGCCGCACCCUCAGGACAGAGCUGCUGGGCUGCUACAGUGACCAAGACUUCCUGGCCAAGCUGCAUUGUGUCCGGCAGGCCUUUGAGGGGCUUCUAGAAGAAAGAAACAACCAGGUCUUCUUCGGGGAGGUUGGCCGGCAGAUGGUGACAGGCCUAAUGACCAAGGCUGAGAAGAGUCCCAAAGGCUUCCUGGAGAGCUAUGAGGAGAUGCUGAGCUAUGCCCUGCGGCCUGAGACCUGGGCGACCACCCGGCUGGAGCUGGAGGGCAGAGGGGUGGCCUGCAUGAGCUUCUUCGACAUCGUGCUGGACUUCAUCCUCAUGGAUGCCUUCGAGGACCUAGAGAACCCUCCAUCUUCGGUGCUUGCUGUCCUGCGGAACCGCUGGCUGUCUGACAGCUUCAAGGAAACAGCCCUCGCCACCGCAUGCUGGUCUGUCCUGAAAGCCAAGAGGAGGCUCCUGAUGGUGCCUGACGGCUUCAUCUCCCAUUUCUACUCCGUAUCGGAGCAUGUUAGCCCUGUGCUGGCCUUUGGCUUCCUCGGACCCAAGCCCCAGCUCUCGGAAGUCUGUGCUUUCUUCAAGCACCAGAUUGUGCAAUACCUGAGGGACAUGUUCGACUUGGACAACGUGCGCUACACAUCUGUGCCAGCCCUAGCAGAAGACAUCCUACAGUUGUCCCGGCGCCGCAGCGAGAUUCUACUGGGCUACCUGGGAGCACCGGUAGCUAGUAGCACCGGGCUGAACGGGCCACUGCCUCGAGAGAAUGGGCCCCUGGAAGAGCUACAGUAAUAGGGGACUGGCUGCAGGAGAGGGGUGGCUGUCUGGGCCUCAGUCACAAGGGUGAUGGGAGAGAGAGCUGCCCCACCCUUCCUGUGGGUUGGCAUCCGAGGGUCAGGGUGGCCAAGGGUCAUUGUCCCUGAACUUGCUCUGCCUCCUCAUCUGGGAAUUCCCAACACCCAGAGGACAAAUUUCCAUGGAGAGGAACCACUAGGAGCACUGGAUAGCAGCUGCCCUUGGGAUUCCCUGAGCAGCAGAGGCAGGCCAGAGUCAGCAGGGACUGACCAGGGGCAGGCAGCCAGCGAGAAAGGGGUGGUAGAGAAGAGCUGAGUAUGGACCCCAGAACCCGAAUCCCUCUGCUGCUGACAGGGUAAGAAGGUGACGGUUGAGGGAUAGAACAUGCAGGGCUAGGUGGUGACAGUCUCAGGGUCCUGCAGUAGCAGCCACCUAUAGCUACCUAGCCCCAGCACCUAGGCUUCCGGCCAGUAUGGAAAGGCCCAUCUGGGCCAUCCAGAGGUGGGCUUGGCCCACGUGUGCUCACAUCUGAGCAGGGACCAGCCCCUCACAAACCCAGGACACUGUCCUUCCACAUGCCCACGUCCGGCCAAAGAUGGGGGAGGCAGGACUGGCCGCUCUCUGCUCCCUGGUGAGCCCGCAGCUCCUGGACAGUGCUAGGCUCCAGCCAGAGCUCACAAAGGCCCAGCUCCUGAUCCAAGAGUGAGGAUCUCGGAACCAUGGCUGGGUGGGCAGAGGCUGCACGGCAGGGCAGCUCCCUCCCCUUUCUGACGGGAAGCUGGACGGCAGGCACUUCACCUUCAACUCCAUGCACACGUGCUUUGGGGCUGCAGACACUCCCAGUCCUGCUGACAUCCCCGGUCCUGGAGUUCCGGUCCUGCAGGAGUCCCAGCAGCCCUUUUGCCUGAGCUGGGAAGAUUUUAUUUAUUGCCUUAAUACUUUAUUUGGCUGUUCCGUCCCUUCCAGGCUGUGACAUGCACAGGAUCUGGAGCUGAGCACUGGCUCCAGGGAACCAAGUCCCUUUUCCUGGAAGGGCAAAGGGUUCCCCAGGGUCAGCAGGAUGCAGUGAAGAGAGGGUGGCCAUGGCUCUGGGUCCUCUCUGAGGCCUGCGCUCAGAAGGGAACAGCCCUCAUGCACUGUCUUGACAUUCCAUUCAUUUGCACUUCCCUGAGCUGUGAAUGUAACCCUGGCCACAGCCUGCUCUCACCUGCCCCAUGCCCAUACAGCUGUGGCCUUUCAUUUUGUCCUGUCUGUGUCCACACCCCGCCCACUCGCACUCAACCUGCAGGGGUAGAGCGUGAGUGUAAGGCCUGUGAGUCAGAUAAAGCAUCGAAGCGAC